CAGCAGCUUCCAGGUGUGCGGUACAGUCGGAGAGCACUGCGAUAAACACAAGAGCGGAGUUGGUGGUAACCUGAGAUAAAACCGUGAGGUAGCAGCUGGAACAAGCCCGGCUCAUGGUGCUCGGUCCGCGGCUGCAAGCGGAGAUGGUUGUCCGGUGCGGGCUGUAGGUUUCUGCGGCGGGACUGAAGAGGAUGGGCUCAGUGUCCCGAUUCCUGAGGAGAUGUCUCUGGGUCGGCUCCUUCGGCGUGCCUCCUCUAAAGCCUCCGACCUCCUGACCUUAAACCCUGGAGCAGGAGGCUCGUCGUUACGCUCCGGACUGGACGGCGAGAUCAUCUUCUCCAAAAAUAAUGUUUGCGUGCACCCCGCGGAGCCCCUACCUGGCCUGGCCGAGCACCACCCAGGCUACUUGUGUGUGCACGUGGAGAAGGAUGAGAGCCUUGGCACCACGCUGAUUCUGACCUGGGUGCCUAAUUCCCGCAUCCAGAGGCAGGAUGAAGAGGCUCUGCGGUUCAUCACGCCUGAGAGCUCCCCCGUACGCAGGAACGCCCGCCGCAGAGGCAGACGGCCACGCUCACGGCCUCCUGUUGCUCCAGAGGAGGACGAGGAUGAGGAGAGGAACAUCACCACCAGCACCUCGGCUGAGAGCCAAAGCCUGGUGGGAGAGAGCGGUUCGGAUCCCUCCUCACACCAGCAUCAGCUGCUGUCAGCGGGGGACGAGGGGGACGAGGGCUCCUGUGAGCUGUCUGAUGAAGUGAGCCGGGACAGCACCAUGGGUUCGGACUCGGACACCUUCUCGUCCCCGUUCUGUCUGUCCCCCGUGAGCGAGGCUCUGUGUGAGAGCAGCGGAUCUGUCUUCCUGGACAGUGAAAGCAGGGAGAUGUGCGAGGAGUCCAUGAACCACUCUGCUAGCUCAGCGUCGAGCCUGGACAGCCACGCUCACUCGGAGAGCAGCGGCCGGUCACAAGGCAUGCGCUGGGAGGAGCAGCAGAAGCUGCUGGCGCUGGAGCAGCUGUGUGGAGUCUUCAGGGUGGACCUGGGUCACAUGAGGUCACUCAGACUCUUCUUCAGUGAUGAGGCGUGCACCAGCGGGCAGCUUGUGAUCGCUAGCAGAGAGAGUCAGUACAAGAUCCUCCACUUCCACCACGCUGGCCUGGAUAAGCUGGCCGAGGUCUUCCAGCAGUGGAAGUGCUGCAGGGAAACGCAGCUGAAAGAUCAGGUUUCGGACGAAAAGUCCUGCAUGCAGUUUUCCAUCCAGAGGUCCACUCUGCCGUCAGCUGAGACCCACCCGGAGGAGAGGCUCUACCGACGGGUGGACGUCUCUGCCUGGCUACGUCACCUCAACCACAGCGGCCAGGUGGAGGAGGAGUACAAGCUGCGGAAGGCCAUCUUUUUUGGCGGGAUCGACCCGUCCAUCCGCGGCGAGGUGUGGCCCUUCCUGCUGCACUACUACAGCUACGAUUCCACCUCCGAGGAGAGGGAGGCCUGGAGGAUGCAGAAGCGUGCUCACUAUCAUGACAUUCAGCAGGGGAGAUUGUCCAUGAGCCCAGAGGAGCACAGUGAGUUCUGGAGGAAGGUCCAGUUCACCGUGGACAAAGACGUGGUCAGAACGGACCGCAGCAACCAGUUCUUUAGAGGAGAGAAUAACCCCAACGUGGAGAUCAUGAGGCGAAUUCUGCUCAACUAUGCGGUGUUUAAUCCCGACAUGGGUUACUGCCAGGGCAUGUCUGACCUGGUCGCGCCGCUGCUCACGGAGAUCCAGGAUGAAAGCGACACGUUUUGGUGCUUUGUCGGCCUCAUGGAGAACACCAUCUUCAUCAGCUCCCCGCGGGAUGAAGACAUGGAGCGGCAGCUGAUGUACCUGCGGGAGCUACUGCGCCUCAUGCUGCCGCGCUUCCACCAGCACCUGACGUGGCUCGGCGAGGACGGCCUCCAGCUGCUGUUCUGUCAUCGCUGGAUCCUGCUCUGCUUCAAAAGGGAGUUCCCCGACACCGAGGCCCUGCGCAUGUGGGAGGCCUGCUGGGCACACUACCAGACGGACUACUUCCACCUGUUCUUGUGCGUGGCCAUCAUUGUCCUCUACGGGGAGGACGUGACGGAGCAGCAGCUCGCCACAGACCAAAUGCUGCUCCACUUCAGCAAUCUCUCCAUGCACAUGAACGGAGAGCUGGUGCUACGCAAGGCCCGCAGCCUCCUGUACCAGUUCCGCCUCCUUCCCAGGAUCCCGUGCAGCCUGCACGACCUUUGUAAACUCUGUGGCCCGGGAAUGUGGGACAGCCGCUACAUCCCCACCGUAGAGUGUUCAGGGGAGCACCCGGACUCCCAGAGCUGCCCCUAUGGUGGCACCUCCACUCCUCAGAACUCCUCACCCUCUCCAUCGUCCUCACCCAACCACACCCCCACACCUCCACCAAACGGCAAGAGAGGCUCCAAAAAGCGGGACAUCUUCACCUUCCGGAAGCAGUCCUGAGAUUGGACCCCUUCCAUUUGUUUGUCUUUAACUCUGGUUUCACGACGUGAACGAGGAUUCACUUCACUUUUUCAUGUGGUGCAGCGUCGAACACCGCCUCACCAGGAUGUUUCAGCAUCACAUGAAUCCGCGAAGAGGACGGCUCGCCAUCGGACCAAUGGGAGGCGAGGAGGGUGCUGUUCUCUCAGAGCAGAGCAGGCAAUCACCAGCCAGCGUGUUGGUCUGGAGCUACUUCAGGUUGGAGUAUGCUGCUGGCUUGGCACUCGUCCACAAUCUCUGUGUGAGAGGGGAGGGGAGGCGGGGGGGUCACAUCAGGGUCACCCGGGCUAAAUUCUUUCAGACUCUGAAGAAGGGUCAAAAAGAAACUGGAGAUUCAUUCACACAACUUGAACUUGAACUUUUAAAACACGCUCAUGUGUUCUCACAGUGGCAGAGCCGUGUGAGCAUCUGCAUAUCUGAGCGGGAGUGCAAAGUUUUGGUGUUAACACAUAAGGGUUAAGCAGAACGCAUAACAUUUCUGUUCAUCUUUAUUUGGUUUCAGAAAGGGAAUGCUUCUAUGAAUAUUUAGCAAUAUUAUACUUGCAUGAGCAGUUCUUUACAUAUAAAGGGAACAUUGUUUUUUAUUUUUUUAUUUUAUUUUUUUUUUGGAAAACACGAAUGUCUCUCCAUGACGGGGCUACUCAUAAUUUCUCUAAUUUGACCGAUGGUUAAAAAUGUUCUUAUAGUUUCUGUUAGUGUUUUCCUGACACCCUGCUGGACCGUGAGAGCGCUGCAUCGGCACAAGAGCGGUUCUGUGACGGAGGUGUUGGAUGUUUGAGACAGAUGUGUCGCCAAAGAAGGCUCCAUUUCUGUUUUCAUCCUGACGGAGGAAUCAAUCGCUUUCUGUUCGACUUGAAAUGUCAUACUUUCUGUCGAACCAGCAGCAGCGUUGGGUUCUUUUUCUUUUAAACAUCACUUUGACUUUAAAUGAAUGAAAAUGCACUCAGAACUAAAAUGAGUCCACAUGAAUGUAUCGUUUAUUUUCUUCUUUCUUUUUACCUAAAACACACUCCGUAACACCUUAAAAUGUGUGUGUGUCUGCAGAUCCAUUAAAGCCCCUUUUUACUUUAAUUUCUAUUUUAUUUUAUCAAGAGGAGAAUCUGGAAAGCAAAGUAGAGCAGUUAGUUUGUUAUUUAUGUGUUAGGAUUCAUAAAAUACAUAUUAAUGUUGCCUCAGGUCUUAAAGAGAUCGGUCAGGUCUUUAAAAGUGGGUUCUUGUGGAAACAAUAUUAAUAUCUUGCCUGUUUUGUGGCUCUGUGAACAACCUCAGUUUAUUGAAAUAAUGAUCAUUUCUGAGCUAAUGACUAGUUUCAGCAAAACCAGUUACAAGGUGCAUUUUUGUAGUCUUAAAACAAAUCCAAUGUCAAAAGUUUUCUACCUUUUUUCCUUUUAACUGAGCAUUUUAUGGCUAGCUUAGUUUUUCCAUCUGAAAUUAGCAUCUAGCUAAUGCUUUUGGCAUAUUUUUUUUCCUAGGGUAACAUUGUAGGACUAUCAGGAAUUGCUAUGCAGUGUUUGAUACUGAAUCAUUUUAGGACAACUUUGCUUCACUAGAACUAGUACUUAGCCUAUUAGUCCAAACAGAACAAAUCUCUAUUUCUUCAAACUGAGGUUGUUCAUAGAGCUAAUAAUCAGGUGAGAUUUUAAAGGUUCAUAAAGAUCUGAACAAUCUUUUUUAGAUGGUAUCCACUCAGGUUUUUUCCCCUCUGAGAGCUUCUGAGGAAAGUAAAAUCUGCAAGUUGCUGUAACACCAGAAUCUGUAGCACUGAUUGAUUCGGUCAGCUCUUUGCAGAUGACUUUUCUACAUCCUUGCUUCUUCCGCUACGUCCAUUUGAGCGUUCGAUGACAUGAAGGUGAGACGGCUCAAGUUAGAAAAAUACAGUAGUGACAUUUCAGUGUAUGAGUAUGACCUCGUGAACUUAUUUAAAAUCACAUUGUUUACACGAAAGCAGCCAUUCACAAUCCUUAUUUACUCCUUUUUAAAGGGGUUGUUGUGAGUUGUGGUCAUGAAUGUAUAAUGUUGCUGUUUUCUAUAAUGUGUUGAUGUAUGGCUGCACACGUCACAGCAAAAAUAUUCUUACUGCUGGAAUUAAUAAAAACAAUACUAACAACCA